AUGCCAGCGGCAGAUUCAGUAGCCGGGCCACAAUCAGAGCCCGAGCCUCUCACCAGACUUCCUUUCAAACCUGUCACCAAAUCGCAUAUUCUGCACUGUUCUUACGAUUACUGGCACCCAAAAUACCGGUCCUCUGCCCUCAAAUCGCGAAUCAUACCCCUUUCUCAAUCCUUCCUCAACUACCUCCGCGAAGACGGCAUCGUCCUCCCGCCCUCCGAAACACCCACAUUUCCUCCAGAAUCAACCUACAAUGAUACAAGCACUUCGGAUGGCUGGGAUGAAGACCCAGACCCCGACCCUUCUCUCUCAUUCUCUGACACUCAUCAACAAAUUAAAGACGCCAUCAAGGAACUGGGCGGCGUGGUAGCACCAAAACUGAAUUGGUCUGCUCCAAAAGACGCAACAUGGAUAUUGAUGAAGAAGAACUCAAUGGAGUGUGCAACGGCGAAUGAUAUCUACUUAUUGCUGAAGAGCUCGGAUUUCAUCACGCAUGAUUUGGAACAUGCGUUUGACGACACGGAUCCCGAUACGGACACCACGAUCACGCAGCAGGAUAUCAAAUUCGUUUUGGUGCUACGAAAAUACUUCAAAGUCAACCCCUCUUGCGAAUUCCGCUGUUUCGUAAGAGAGAGGACAGUAGUAGGGAUCUGCCAACGGGAUCUCAAUCAUUUCGCCUUCUUGUUCCCGAUGGUGGAUAAGUUGAGGGAUACCAUAUUGACGUAUUUCGAUAAUACGCUGAAGGACACAUUCCCGGAAGGAGAUUUCGUCUUCGACGUCUACAUCCCCGAACCAUACGACAAAGUGCGCCUGAUGGACAUCAACCCAUGGGCGCCCCGCACCGACCCCCUCUUAUUCUCCUGGCUCGAACUCCUCACGCUUCCCCUCCCCAAACCCCUCCUCGGCACCCCGUCCUCCUCCAACGAGCCUGAAAUUCCAACCGCGAGCUCCGACGAGGAUACCCAGGACGAGGAGGCGGGCGUGGAAGAGAUCUGGCGCCCGGAAUUCCGACUCGUGCGCAAGGACGAUCCCGAAGCGUACAGUUUCAGCACGCCGCAGUAUAGCGCUCACAAGCUGCCCAAGGACGUCGUGGACGCGAGUCUGGGCGGCGAGAGCGCGCUGCGGGAGUUCGCCGAGCAGUGGAAGAGGAUGCUGGCUGGGGAGGUGGAGAUGCAGCGUCCGGGCGAGAGUGAGAGCGAGGACGAAGAGGAGGCUGUUUAG